AUGGCCGAAUCAACUAUCAGGACAAGAAUCUUGAUCAUCUCAGAUACGCAUUGCGCCCGCUUAGAUGACGCAGAAGGGCGCAAUCCAGCGACGCCUCCUUUCAAGGCUCCAUUGCCCAAGGCGGACUUGCUUAUCCGUAAGAGCUCGACAAACACACAAGUCAAGCCAGGUUUACUUGAGCUAACCAAGAUGUGCAGAUGCAGGCGAUCUCACCUACAAGGGCAAGAUGCCCGAGUAUCACGCAACGCUGGACAUGCUAAAACAAAUCGAUGCGCCUCUGAAGUUGGUCAUUGCCGGCAACCACGACCUGACCCUUGACAGGGACUUCGUGUUCAAUCACACCGUAAGCGAUGACCGGCGUGCUGAACAACGAGCACGUGAAGAGGUCGAGGAGGCACGAGCACUCUGGACGGCUGAAGACGGAAGGGCCAAGCUGGAGGGCAUCACCUACUUGAAUGAAGGCGUCCACCAAAUCGCGCUCAAUAAUGGGGCUAAUCUGACGCUCUAUGCCUCACCGUAUACACCAGAGUUCUGCGAUUGGGGCUUCCCUUACGAACGAGAUGAGGACCGCUAUAAUCCGCCCCUCAGGAUGCUUUCAGAUGCGGUGAACAUUGCGCCGUAUCCGGUACCGUCCUUCACUUCUGCUGUCCAACCGAUCGAUAUACUCCUGACUCAUGGUCCACCAUACGCGCGACUGGACAAGACAAAGACAGGCGACUUAGCUGGAUGCCCCCAUUUGCUUCGAGCAGCCAUGCGGUCCAGGCCUCUGCUUCACUGCUUCGGUCAUAUUCACGAGGGCUGGGGUGCCGAUCGUGUCACAUGGUCCAACCGGGCAGAUCAAGUAACUGACACUGGAUGCUCAAUCACUGAAUGGAAAACUGGCGCUUGGAAGGAGGGCGUUGCCGACCAUGGCAUCAAGUCAGAAGCACCCGACUUAACUGCUGCAAGAGAGCGGCAUGCCGCAUUUCUUGACGUAUCUCUGGAGUCUGGACAUGGCCUCAAGCGAGGCGAAGAGACUCUCAUGAUCAACGCAUCAAUUAUGGACGUCGGAUAUCAGCCAGUCAACGCGCCUUGGGUUGUGGACAUCGACUUGCCAAGGACACCUUGA